CCAGACUCACAUCCCUCAUAUGAACCAUUCAGAAGCAAGUAAGGAACGUUUUUAAACCGGAGUUCCAAAAUGGAGUCUAAAUGUUUCUGUUCCUUCACCUUUAUCAUCACAAUCUACAUAACAGGUGUCUCCUCUCAGAGGCUGAUUCCAUCUGCGAAUCCUCUGGCUGUCGGAGGAAAUGUCACUCUUACUCUGAAUCCUCAGAUGAACAUCGGUGCUGGCAGUUGGCUGUUAGAUGGGAACAUCCUGGUGUUCUGGUACCCAGAUAAUGUUAUAGUGACUGACAGUUUCAAAGGGCGAAUGUCUUUCAACUCAUCCACAAGGCAGAUCUCUCUGUAUUCAGUACGAGUGUCCGAUUCUGGUCUCUACGUACUACAAGGCGUGACUCCAUCUGUAAAAGCAGAACUUGAACUGUCUGUUCAGGAGCCAAUCACGAAUGUGUCUCUGACAGUAAGUAAGACAAAUCUGGUGGAGUUUAAAGACAGUGUCACGUUCACCUGCACUGCCCAUGGCACACCAUUAGUGUUCUCAUGGUAUAAUGGCAGCUCCGAGGUCAAAGCAGCCAAUGUUCAACUCAUUAAUAAUGGAAGUGGUCUCAUUAUUAGCAAUGUAACAAGAUAUGACAGUGGGCCUUUCAUCUGUUCUGUGGCGAAUGGCAUCAGUAAUGGAAAAAGCAGGUCGAUUUCCCUCGAUGUCAGCUAUGGUCCCAGCAACCUGAUAAUGGCAGUUUUGCCAAACACGAUGGAACACGUUUCAGGAUCAAACAUCACGUUGUCCUGUUCUUCUGAAUCCAAACCUACAGCAUUAUUCCAUUGGUCCUACAAUGACAUUUCUCUUAAUAUAACCAGCCCAACCUUCCAGCUUACCAACGCCACUCAGAACCAGACAGGAGCAUAUGCCUGCAUUGCUCAAAACACUGUGACUCUCAGAUAUGCCACAGUCACCAGAACCAUCAGCAUCAUUGACCCAAUAUCGGCUACUCCAUUGGUGCCUUUUGGUGAGCCACCAAUAUUCAACAAUUCAUUUUCCUUGACCUGUGUCAUCACGGGACCUGUGGACUCUGUUCAUUGGAUAAAGGAUGGCGUGUACCUGUUUCCUGACAGCAGACUUUCUCUCUCUAACCAAAACAAGACGCUCACAUUUAAUCAUCUCACUCUCUCUGAUGAUGGAAAAUACCAGUGUGUAGCAAGCAACACUGUGAGCAAUGUGACCAGCACGGCCUACUAUCUAAUAGUUAAUUAUGGUCCAUGGUCCACUAGGAUUUCUGGCCCAGUAAGAGCUGAAGUAGGUUCUAAUGUGACACUAAAUUGCUCUGCUUCCUCUCAACCUGCCAGUCAAUACAGCUGGUUCUUCCAAGGUUCUAAAGUGGCGGAGGGCUCUGUGUAUCACGCUGACUCUCUUUUACUAAACAGCAGUGGAGAAUACACUUGCCUAGCCCACAAUAACUUCACAGGAAUAAACAGCAGUGCUACGUGGAACUUAACUGUCGUUGUGGGCAUUUCCUCAGUGGUGGUGACUCCCAAUACUCUCGUCCCUCUGGCCUCCAAGGAUAUGCAGCUCUUCUGUAACGUGACUGGCGUAUUUGAAAGCAUCCAGUGGCUAAAAGACAACCAGCCAUUAAAUACAACAGCCACAAAAUCCAUUUAUAUGAAUAACACCAUUGUAGAUUUCCACCCUCUGCAGAUCACUGAUGAUGGAUUAUAUCAGUGUGUUGCCACAGAUAUUUUUCGACCACACGUUAGCCAGGCGUACCAUCUAAUAGUUAAUUAUGGACCAGUGGACCUGACUAUAACAGCUGACAUCAAAAUCGUCAGUGUCUUAACGUGCAAUGCGAAGUCUCAGCCACCAAGUGUUUACCACUGGCUCUUUAAUAACACAGUCAUUAAUGAGGAAGCCAUGUUAAUUUUACCUGUAAUGUCUCCUUGGGGUAACUACACCUGUGUGGCCAUAAACCCCCUAACCAAUGACACAUUGUCUACUUCCUAUGUUUUUUCAGAACACAAUGCAGUGGCCCCUCUUCAGACUAAUGUGUUGCUGACUGCUUUGUGUGCUCUUGUUCUUCCUGUAUUAAUGAUGAUGAAGCCCUUCUGAGCUGCUAAACGAGACCUGCUAACUGACUCGCAAAUCGACUGUAUUAUGCAUUCCCUCUGCCUGAAGUCUAGCAUCUUAAUUUUAUUAUUCACGCUCCCUCAGAUUAAAGCCAGAUAAUUAAAUCAGUUCUGUUUUCCUGCAUCAUAAUAUUAAGAAUAUUGAACUUUGAAUUCCUAGACAAGUCAUAUGUUCUCUAUGGAUUUACAGUGAGCUCUGGGGUGUGAUGGUUGUUUUGUUAGAAGAAUAAAAAACAGAGGACCGGAUGACUUGAGCCAUUUUCCAGAAAAGUAUCACUAAUUCCACAUACCAAAAUGACAUGCAGAGAUCCGGGUGACAACAGGGCAAGUCUUGGCAUAUUCAAGUACCUGCUUUUCACAAAACAAAUCAACCAUCAAAAUGUCCUGCUAGUACCAUCUAGUGCACAUUAAUUUUGCCAGGACAGGAAAAAAAAAGUUUUUGUCAGAAUGAUCAAUGCUUACACAAAUUCUCAUUUUUCAGCA